AUUCUUUCUCUUAUGCCGCUGUUGCUUUUUCUACGGAAUAUAGGCUCGUAAUCGCUAUAUGCUUGAGGUCAUAUCCAUUUCCGGACCUCUUUUGUUGUGCUGUUGCCAUGGUGACUCGUAAUAUCUUCACUCCAUUGAUCAGGGCUUUUUAUAGUCGCGCUUAACUCAAUCAACUCAGAGUUGCUUAAACCAACACUUCUGAGCUGUUCUGAAACCGAAAACCCCAGGUUUUCAAACUCAGUGUAAGUCAACUCAGAACUCAAGAAAGGGCAAAAAUGAAUUGGCAGGAAGAAGGUGAUAGAGGGAGUGGGAACACUAAUAGGAUGUAGUAGGAAGAGGAGGAGGGAUAAUCUGAUGAGCAGAAUGAGGUUUGGGCACACAGGUCUUAAUAGCACAAAGAAGAUAGUUAAAAAGCAUGAGACAGGAGAGUGUGAAUGUGGAGCUGAACAAACAGUAAUAGUCUAUUGCCCAAAGUAUCAGACUCAAAGGAAAAGGGUGAUAGAGUGCUUAAGAGUAAAUAAAACAAAGUUGAAUUGAAUAUAAUGAGGUGCUGCAGGGUAUAGAGCUGUUAUUAGGUGUUUGGAGGAGACAGGGCCGAAAAACCAAUAAUGGAACGUAUGCAUGUAACUGAAUGUAGAUACAGUAGGUGGCGGUAAUGCGCUGUAGGACGCACGCUGCCAUAAAAAAUAAAGGAAGAAGAAGGGUCAUCUGGGUUGUUAUUAUUCCGUCAGUAAAACGUCCGGUUCCGGGCUAUGAUCCGGUUCCAUAAUCUCCAGGUUCGCGUUCUUUCUCCUCCCUGAGGCUGAAGUGUAGUGGCCGGAAGCCGGUACAGAAACAGCUCCCUGAUCCAAAGCCGAACGAGUUCUGUCGUUAACCGGCCACGAACCUGAGACCAGAACCAUGAGUAGUAAAGUCCUCACAGUGCUGCAGGGGCUGGGUCCAGUCGGGUCUCCUGGUGCAGUCUCCUCUGUUAGCCGGUGCCGGAUGAGAGCUGGAGCCUCAUACGUCCAGUGUGGACGGUUCGGUUCCGGGUCCGUCAGAGGACUGACGGGUUCUGGGUCCGUCAGGGGACUGUCCGGGUUCGCGAGAGGCUCCAUGAACGUGUUCAACAGGACGAUGAAGAGGAGGCAGAAGAACUGGGCCGCGAGUCAACGGGACCGACAGCAGUACGACUACCUGAAGGACGAGGUCGGAGGUCGAGUGGCCGAUCGGGUUUAUGACGUCGCCAGGACGUUUCCUCUGGCGCUGGACAUCGGCGCUGGAAGAAGCCACAUUGCAGAACAUCUGAGCAAGGACGUUGUGCAGCGCCUGGUCCUCACUGACGCGUCAGAGGAGACUUUGAAACAGAGACGCCAGACUGAGGUCCAGACCCGGUGUGUCCUGGCUGACGAGGAGUUUCUGCCAUUCAAGGACAGUACCUUUGACCUGGUGCUGAGCAGCCUGAGCCUCCACUGGGUCAACGACCUGCCGGCCGCUCUCAGACAGAUCCACCAGGUGCUGAAGCCAGAUGGGGUUUUCAUCGGAGCGAUGGUGGGUGGGGACACUUUGUACGAGCUGCGCUGUUCCCUCCAGCUCGCAGAGACAGAGAGGGAGGGAGGAUUCUCCCCCCGCGUGUCCCCCUACACAGCCGUCACCGACCUGGGCAACCUGCUGGGCCAGGCUGGAUUCAACAUGCUCACUGUGGACGUUGACGAUGUUCAGGUUCAUUAUCCAGGCAUCACUGAGCUCAUGACUGAUUUACAAGGAAUGGGGGAGAGUAACUGUGCGUGGAACAGAAGGUUGCUGCUGCACAGAGACUCCAUGUUGGCGGCGGCAGCUAUUUACAAAGAGAUGUACGGGAGCGAGGACGGUUCCGUGCCUGCCACCUUCCAGAUCCUCCACAUGAUUGGCUGGAAGCCUCACCAGUCCCAGGCCAAACCAGCGAGACGAGGCUCAGCCACGGCGUCGUUUGGGGAUUUGUCAGCAUUCAACCAGAGGAGUGGGACGAAAGAGCCUCACACAAAUGGUCACAGAGGCGCUCAGUCAAGGCACCUGGUUCAUUUAUUCACUGCCUGCUGGGGGCGGUGGCAGCAAAACACCUGCAACCUGGGAACUGGACUUGGACCGGGUCCAUGGAGCCCGCUCUGCUCCACCAACAGCUUCGACGACAGUGGUGGAGCAGAGAAGUGUUUUCCUGUCUGUCCAGAUCAACACCUGAGCUGGAUUUCAACAAAUACCUUUUUAGAUUAUGUGUAGGAACAGAAACAGUGUGGACGGAGAUCUAAAAAAGGACAGGAGGAUAAGAAAGACAUGGAGAUGAUUGAGGAGGUGAAUGUGGCUGCAACGACGAGUCUAAGGAGAAACCGCUCCACUGCAGAUCAGAUUAGUGAUUCCCUGGUUUCAGUUCUUCAUCAACAGCAGCUACACUGAAUUAGUGAAUCAACUUCCUCCUUCUGAAAAACAUGCUUUAAAAUGAAGAAGCCGUUGAAAUACGGUUUCUGCUGAGAAAUGACUCAACCCUCAGACAUCCCAGAGACGUUGGACCUCGUCCCAGUUGACCUGGAACGACUGAGCUGUAGCUCCGUCUUAAAAUGUCAGAAUUCGCAGCUGUAAAUAUUUGAGUGUUUGGCCUCCAACCACAGGGUUGUUGGUUGUAUUCCUGCAUCUGCCAAAGCGAGCAAGAGACCUGAGCAGCUCUGAUCGUCAGCUCCUGGUUUUGAAGUAGAAGCUGGACUAGUAGAAGCAGAUUGCUGUGUUUCCUUUAACAGGAAGAACCUAUUGUUGAUGUGGCACUGAGUGAAAUAAAAAUGACUCGCAUGAGCCGUUUCAGAGAAGACACGAGAGCUGACAGGACAAUUCCCACAUGCAUCUGUGCAAUCAUGCUGCUCUGGAUCUGCUGGUUCCUCCACCUCCAAGUCCUACAUGGGUUGGAUCAGUACCCAGGAGAAGAUCAAAGAGGUUCUGAAAGAGUUCUUAUAAAUAAUCUUAGAAAUGUUUGUUGUGUCUUCAGCAGGUGGUUGUUCUGUACUGGGUCCACCAGCAGUUACGGGUCAGGAGAACGGGACAGCGGUUCUGUCCUGUCUAAUACCAGAGCAGAUGUAACAUGGACUCGUUUUAUCUGUGGUCAGCGUGUGACUCUUGUCUGUAGAAAAAAUGGACAUGAGAAGAAAAGUGUUGAACGCUUUGAGUCACGACCUAACGGGUCACUGGUUCUAGGCCAUGUUACCCGGUCCGAUGAGGGAAUGGAAAUGUUUAUCUGAAAGUGACCACAGAACCAGGACGGGUUCUUCAGUCUGAAAACACAAUCGCAGCAGGACGCGAUGGAGUGACUGUACAGCCAGACCAGAGAGGAACAGUUGCAGUAGGAGAACCAGAACCACGCUCACACUGGUGGAAAGUAACACUUGGUGUCAGUCUUGGUUCUGCUCUGGUGGCCUUGGUCUUCCUAGCUGUGAGAAGGCAGAGAACACAUGUGUAAUGGAGGUGAUCUACCAGGAGGUUGGCGGUGACAGCGUGGAGCUGGAGACAGAACCUGAUGACCCGAAGCUGCACUACUCAACCAUCAGCACCAGCUCCGCGGACGAGCGGACAACUGCGUCCAUUCACUGCUGCAGGUGUCGGAGGAAACGCCAGAUAGUUACUAAUAGUGUAUUGCCACUGUAUUUGCUAUUAUUAUGUUAUUAUACUAGUGUAAUUUCUAGCAUGUUACUUUAUUUUCUGCUUAUUUUCCAGCGGGAUUUAAUAAAGUUUCUUUUGAAGUUCU